UAAAUUCUUGUGUGAUCAUUCGUCGCGCCAUUUAGCUUCUGAUAGUCGACUCGAGAGCUUGUCAAUCAGUGUAGUGCAGUGACUAAGUUUGUGAUUUUAUUUUACUUUUAUUUAUUUUUUCAGUAUGACACGCGUUUGCGUAGUUGGAGCCGGUGCGGCAGGUCUCUGCGCCGCUCGUCAUCUCCUGGUAACUCCGGGCGUCGUCCAAGUUGAUGUGUUAGAGCAAUCUGGAGCACUAGGUGGCACAUGGGUGUAUACCGAGAACGUAGGAUAUGACGACUUCGGUCUGCCAAUACAUACCAGCAUGUAUAAGAGUUUGAGAACGAAUCUACCUAAAGAAAUAAUGGGCUUCCCAGACUUUCCUGUACCGGAGAGCGAGAAAUCCUAUCUGCCCGCAAAAGAUAUGCUGGCUUUUCUUCAGCUGUAUGCUGACAGAAAUGGCGUUACUAAACACAUCAAAUUCAGGCAGCAUGUGCAACUAAUUAUACCUAAGGCCGGACCCAAGAAUGAGUUGUGGGACGUCACAUACAAAGAUUUGGGCACCGGUGUGUGUGUGACUAGCGAGUAUGACUACGUCUUUGUGUGUAACGGUCACUAUAAUACUCCGUUCAUACCUAAUAUACCAGGGUUGAAGAAGUUUCAAGGAGAUGUAAUGCACAGCCACGACUACAGAGUACCUGAAAUAUUUACGGGCAAGCGGGUACUCGUCAUUGGGGCUGGUCCAUCAGGCAUGGACAUAGCUUUCGAAAUCACUAGAGUGACCACAAAAGUCAUCCUUAGUCACCAUUUAAAAGAAGAGCCGAAAAGCCAAUUUCCUGACAACCUAGUACUAAAACCAGACGUUGUGAAACUGGAUGGAAAGAAAGUCACGUUUGCGGAUGGCACUGAAGAUGAAGUCGAUGUUGUUUUCUUGAGUACUGGUUACCUAUACAAUUUUCCGUUCCUACACGAAUCAUGCGACAUAGUAGUGGAGGACAACUGCGUGGAGCCACUUUAUAAGCAUCUCGUAAAUAUUCAUCACCCUACAAUGUGCUUCAUUGGAGUACCAUACUAUGUUUGUGCAUUCUCUAUGUUUGACUUGCAGGUUCGUUAUUAUGUGAGGUCAAUGACGGGUGUCUUUAAACUUCCUUCUUCCAAAGAGAUGAUACAACAUUGGGAAGAAGAAAAGCUGGAACGAGCAGCUCGAGGAUACACUAAGCGGCAAGCGCAUAUGAUGGGACCUGAUCAGGAGCGAUACUACGCAUCUCUUGCAUCCGAGGCGGAUACGGAUAAUCUACCGUCCGUAAUUACCAAGAUACGUGAAGAAAGCUCGCUUCGUUUCCUCCACAACAUUCAAAGCUACCGACAGGAUGUGUAUAAAAUAAUAGACGACGACACAUAUGAGAUUAUAAGUAAUGGGAAAAAAGAAAUUCUUUGUUGACCCUAUUUAUAAAUUAUUUAUGAACUUAAACACUUCCAAAUCAAAUUAUUGCUAAAUUUUUUAUUAUGAGUAAUAAUUUGGACUGGUGAUUUAUAUUUUUAAUGUCUUUUUGUAUAUAUGGGUAAUCAUUGCUCAAAAAACUAGUUAGAUAUUGGUGCAAAUUUUUAUCUAUAAGUAUUUGCUGAUAAAUUAUUAGUGAUGGUUUAAGUAAAUGUUAGAUGUAAGUUGUCCAUGUCUCGAAGUAUAUGUAUGUGGGCAGAAAUGUAUUAAAUAAAAUAAAGAUGAAUAAAACUCCAA